AGCUUACUUUUAAAUUUGUUUUAUUUUUUUCUAAAAAAGAAACAAGGUUAAUUAGUUUGAUUCACAGAAAAGGCCAGGGUUUGAUAUCAUGGUAUUUAAACAUGGAUCAAUAAAGUGUGUAAUCAAGUUCAUCACUUGGCUUAUUAAUACUUUCAUAUAACUGAGAUCCCUAAUAUCUUAAAAUAUGUUCGAAAACACUCAUCAAGUUAAUUGAGACAUGUCUCAGAAGGUUUAAUUUAUUUAUAAUUUCAUUGAUAUAUACUUUGAUUCCCUUGCUAGGUUAGGCUAGGCAUCUAUCUGUGUUAUGCUAACCAUGCAUGCACAUGAACAUUCAGGCUUCUUUAUUAGCAUUUGAAACUUUUAUUCUGUGUUUCUAAAACAGUGCAAUAGUGACAGAGUUCGUUAGAGUUACAAAAUCAUGUAUAUAACUUUAUAUAGUACACAUUUCAUUAUUGGCAAGGACAUGCUAUCAGUGCAAUUAUUUAGGACAGGAGAAUAUAUGUACGGAUUUACCCUUGACCCAGGUCAUAUUCAACAGGAAAAAUGAUCAGAAAAUAAUAACAAGAAUCAAACCAAGAUAUGCAUGGUCUCUGUUUUGUGAUUUGUUUGUGGCGGUUAGUUGAUGUUAAUAUUCAAUGUGAAUGAAAAUAACACAAGUAGGAUUAUUGAGUAAAAUUUAUCAUUAGGACAAAAAAGCAAAAUGAUACAACAUAUGACCCCACAGAAAGUUAGUUACAACAUUGCACUGCUUAAGGGCUAAGGACAAAUAUCCAACCCCACAAAAAUAGAUGAAAUAAACAAACAAGUAAUUUUGUCUCCAAAAUACAAACAUAAUAAUAAACAUGUUCUUUAUUUUUGUGUUUCUUAUAAAAAAGAAUUGUCUAAUAAAAUAUGAAUUUUGUAAUUCUUAAGUUUUGAGGGACCACUUUUCUGAAAUUUUGUGAGAUUUGAGGGUUUCAAUUGUGCAGUUGUGGGUUGCUCUCACUGCAACUUCUGGAAACUUUGUACCCACUUGCCAUGACAUGUCAGUCAAAAACAACUUCUUUCUUUUUCUGUGCUCCGAUUUUCUUGCAGGUGCAUGAUUCACACUAUAUAUAUACAUAUCAGAGAUAUAUUUGUACUGAAUAGAAUGAUACACUUGUCCCACCCAAUUAUUUGGUCUGGAAAAUUGUCGUGCACACCAUGUGCUUGUGAAUUUGUGAAACCGUUAAAACUUGUAUCUGCUUACUAUAUAUAUAAUAAUAAGUGGCACAAAGACUGCAUUAUAUUCAUAGGAAGAAAGAAACAAUGAGUGAUUCUACAGUUUUAGAGUGGCUUAGGCCCUUUGUUGAGGCCAAAGCUUGGGACUUUGUGGUUGUUUGGAAAUAUGGGGAUGACCCUACUAGCUUCAUUGAGUGGCUGGGUUGUUGCUGUAGUGGGAGCUGUGGUGAAAGCAUUGAGAAUGCAAAGAAGCUCAAAGAUGAAGAAAUGGAUGAAAAACAGAACGACAUGGAUUCUUCUUCCAUUUGCAAGGAUGCACAUUUUCAGCAUCCAAUUAGAACCAAGGCUUGUAAGGCUCUUUCUCAGCUUCCUUUUGCAAUGUCUCUCUAUUCUGGUGUCCAUGGAGAGGUUGCAAUAUCGCAGCAACCAAAAUGGCUUACUCAUGGAGAGGAAAUUGGAACACAAGUUUUGAUCCCUGUUGUUGGUGGUCUUGUUGAGCUCUUCACGACAAAGCUUGUUCCAAAAGACAAUAACAUCUUAGAGUUCAUAAGAGCACAUUGCUAUGUUUCAUUGAAGCAAGAAGCUAUAUGUGCACAGCACCACACCGAUGUGAACUUCAGUGAAAAUCUGUCAUCAGAAGAACAAUACACACAGAGCUCGCCACAACUUGCGUCAACUUUAACUGAUGGUGUCCAUCUUCUUGCAGCAAAUUGGUGCAAAUCGGAUCCUUACAUUGAAGAACCUUCCAGUGGAUCUAAUCCUUCAAGCGAAUACACAUCAUUUGAUUCGAAAUUUGUCUGCUUGACUCACCAUGAAUAUCUGGGUGAGUCGGUUAAAUUAUCACCUACCUGCAAAACCGAAAGGCCUAAGUACAAUGAAACUUCAGGGAAGCAGCAAGGAACUUUGAGUUCCUAUUGUGGCAAUGGCAAAAGAAAUAAAACAAAAUCGGUCAGGGUGCCUCCGAAGGAAGGUUACCAUGCUAAAAAUCUUGCCACAGAGAGGAGAAGAAGAAACAAGAUUAAAAAUGGCCUUUUCACUUUAAGGUCUCUAGUCCCAAAGAUAACCAAGAUGGAUAGAGCAUCAAUUCUAGCAGAUGCAAUUGACUACAUUAAGGAACUGCAUGGACAAGUAGAAGAUCUAAAAGAUGAGGUCAGGAAUUUGGAAGUAGAAGACUGUGAGAAGAACACACUGCAAUCAAUUAUGCCAAGUAAAGAACAAGGAGAAAACAGAACUCUCCUUACUGAGCUCAAUCAAAGAAGUUCUAAUUCCACUAAACAGAUAGAGAUGAAGAUGCAAACAGAAGUGAAUCAUAUAAGCAGGACAGAGUACUUGCUUAAGGUAUGCUGGGAGCAGAAGCCAGGUGGGUUUUCAAGGUUGAUGGAAGCUAUAAAUUCAUUUGGAUUUCAGGUGGAAACUGCCAAUAUGACCACAAUUGACGGAAAGGCUCAGAUCAUUCUAACAGUUGAGGCAGCCAAGGAGGGAAUUCACCCAACUAAGCUGAAGGAUUUUUUGACAGAGCAAACAGGUUGAUGGCAGAAAACAGUAGCCAAAAGGUUUAGGAAAGUAGCGGUGAUCUUGUGAAAUCCAGAAAGUAAUAGCUUAACGCUAGGAAAUUCCAGUUACAAGUUAGAAAUACAGAACUAGAAUUACAUGGUUUCAGUAAAGGUGUCAUCCCAAAUUGAAGGGUCACAAAUUAGCUAACAACUUGGUUAUGGCUAGGUUUUCUCCCAAGUGGUCUACAAAGAUCAAAGGAUGUCAUAAUUCAUAUCCUAAACUACAUCCGUACUUAAAACAUGAUCGCUACAUGUAAAUAAACAAAGAACAAAUGUAGACAAUCAUCUUACUAUCGAAACUAAUUUUUAUUUUCGAUCAUCGUAUCAUUGUUUAACAACCUGGAUCAAGAAAAAAAUAUUUCUAGAUUAUAAUGUUAAAAAGUAACCUUAACAAUCUGAUCCUUUUACAAGCUUUCAACACCCCCAAUGGAGGGGAAAAAGAAGAGGAAGAGGAGAAGAAGAAAAAAACAAAAAAAAAAAAACAAAA